AUGUCAAAAGGUACAUCAAGCAAACGUCGAUAUGGCUGCAAAACACUGCGUGAACAAAGCGGUACUUCAGAUUAUAUCAGAUCAUCCACUACAGGUUCCAGCAAUUCCAAUACAAGUCUAUGCCCUCUAAUCUUUAAUGGACCAUCAUUACCUGGUGGUGAUAUAAAUCGCUCUCCUCCGAAAAAUAUGUCCUGCGAGCCGUCCACUUCGAAUGUUUCCAAUCAGAUUGCCACUGAAGCUCCUGAUUUGAAUUCGGAAGUUUUAUUGACAUUACCUGUUCUCCCGACAAUGGAUACAACUGGACCGUUGAGUAAUUUAGACGACAACAAUCAUUGCUAUGUUGGUUUAGUCAAUCAAGCAAUGACUUGUUAUCUGAAUUCAUUGAUACAAACACUUUAUAUGACACCUGAAUUCCGAAAUGCUAUCUAUGGAUGGAAGUUCACCGGUUCUGAAGCUGCGGAAGCUAGAAGUAUUCCAUGCCAGCUACAAAAAUUAUUUUUGCUACUACAAACUAGUGAUCGUGAAUCGUUGGAAACCAUUGAUUUGACUGCCUCUUUUGGUUGGAGUAAUUCGGAGGCUUACGAGCAACAUGACAUCCAGGAGUUAUGCAGAAUAAUGUUUGAUGCGCUGAAACAGAAAUGGAGCAAAGCAGACGCUAGCUUUCAAGAGCUAUAUAGGGGUAAUAUGGAGGAUUUUGUCAAAUGUCUUUUCUGUCAAAAGGAAAAUGUUAAGCAGGAUGAAUUUCUGGAUUUGCCAUUAGCAGUGAAGCAGUUUGGUGCCAGCGAUGCUUUCAAAAGUGUGGAAGAAGCACUGCAUGCAUUUAUCAAGCCUGAGGUAUUGGAAGGAAGCAAUCAGUAUUAUUGCGAAGGAUGCAGAAAAAAGCAGAAUGCAUUGAAAGGUUUGCGAAUAAUAAAAUUCCCGUAUUUGCUUUCAAUCCAACUUAAACGUUUUGAUUUUGAUUGCAACACACUUCAUCGCAUCAAAUUAAAUGACAAGAUGACAUUCCCGGCAUUACUCAAUUUGAAUGAAUUCGUUUACGACGCAACAAAAAGUGAACCACCGAAGAAGAUGAGUUGGGCAUCAGCAGUCUCAAUGCCAAGGAAAAAAGAUGAACCGACAGCAUCAAAACCAAAUUUAUGUGAUUACGGUAACAAUUUUCGAAAAAAUCGACAAGUUAUGAAUUCAUUUAUAGAAAUGUUCAGUUAUUUAUUACGUGAAUGCCUUAAUUACUUAGUGUCUCGUGCGGAGCAGAACGAUGGUCAUUUGGACGAACAAGAAGUUGAUAUGUUACUUAAAAGAGAUGGUCCAUUUCUCUAUGAAUUGUUUUCCGUUAUGGUCCAUCAAGGAAGUGCUUCAGGAGGCCAUUAUUUUGCAUAUAUCAAAAAUAUGGAUCAGGACAAAUGGUUUUGCUUUAAUGAUAGUAGUGUAACCUCUGCUUCAAUUGAAGACAUUCAUCGUACAUUUGGGGGAUCUUCUGGUGGGUGGUCGUCAGGAAACACGAACGCUUAUAUGUUAAUGUAUAGACAGAUCGAUCGUAAACGAAAUGCAAGAUUCGUGAAAACAGAUGAGUUAGCAGAUCAUCUUCUGGAACGCUUGAGACGAUUUGAGGAGCAGGAAGAAGAGAAACUUCGGGAAAAGCAAUACAGAGAAUCGCUUGUCUCGGUUAACGCAAUGUUUAAUGGAGCUCAUAUCAUAUCAGACGUUACUAAUCUAACGGAAGCAAUGAAAUUCCCCUACACGGCGAAAUUGUCCAAAAUUUACGAUACAGUUUUCCAAGCAUUCUGUGCUAAGAUUUCAAUUUCAGCUUCUAACGUUCGUCUGCUAUUGUGCAAAGAUUUCACUUAUUCGAUUAUACGUUCAUUCACGAAGAAUGAAAUGCAAAAGACACUGGAAGAAAUAUGUCCCGGGUGUUCUGCGAAAAGCUUAUACCGUCCAAUCGUGUAUUUUCUCUUAGAUGUAAAAUUGUCUGAAACAGAACAAUUUUAUCAUAUUUAUGAGGAAGAAUCCGUUGGCACAGUAAAAUUAAUUGCUCUUAACAUUGAAAAUGGGACCUUCCUGCCAGCAUUUCAAAUGCAAUAUCAUGAUAACGAAACAAUGAGUAUGAUAAAACAGAAAUUGGGACAGAUUUUCCAUCUUUGUGAAGACAAGACCCACAACCUGCGCUUGGUAGUUGAUAGAGGAAUUGCUGCAUCACCGACAAUGGUGUUACUCGAUGAUGACAGUUUUACCUGUGCACAAGCUCUACUUAACGUUACAAAUGUUAAGCUGUAUGUGGACGCUGGUGGGGAUGGAUAUGCAACAGAUGAAGAUCGAAAAAUCGAUUUUGAUCAAUCAAAAAUGUUCUCACUUUUGGAAAGAAAAAAUCAUGCGAAGAUAUUGAUGAUAACUCUUCCUACACCAGAUGACUAUGUGCAAGCUGGAAUUAUUCCACCAGUUUCGCAUGAUACUAGUCGUUCGACAACGCCGAUAGGAAGUAUGCCUGCUGACACGAACACAACAACAUCUUCGGGAUCUUGUUCAACAGUUAUUGACUUACACAGUGUUCCUACUUCAGGUAUACCAGAAACACUUACCAUGAAGCAAACAACUCCUUCAAUGGCCAGUAGUCAUUUGUCAUCGAUAAUUUCUGAAGAAGACAAUAGUGGGCCAUGCUUGGACGGUGAUGGUGAUAUGGAUUCUGUAAGCACGACGUGUACUCCGAUGGUAUCACCGGUUGUAUCUGAUAGCGAUGAUACUGCUGAUAUUACUACCAGAGAUUCAGCUGUUGAUCGAAUAAGCCGUUAUGAACGGACAUAUGAUGCCGUUAUGGCAGCCUCAGAACAAAAACGGCUAUUUGAAAUGGAGAGUACAGUAGAGGUUGAGGCAAGUACUGCAGGCUCGUCUAGUGAUACGCUUGUAGGUGGCACACAUACAUACAUUUCUGGAACAACACAGUCUAGUUUUGAUGUUAUCAUUCGAAAAUCACGGAUGAAAUCAUCUAAUGACAUGGAAGUAGAUGUCGACGAUCGGCAGCUAGUGAUUCACAUGAAAAAAUGGUUAUCAGCAGUAAUUGGAAUCGAUACGAAUGAAUUUGUUGUUCUCAAACAUUAUAGUGCUGAAGAUGCUGAUGGUUAUGAAAGUAUUAUUAACGAAACGGAAACUAUUCAUGACGCUUACUACGCUGUUCAUAGACUGUCAAUCAAAUUGCGUUCGCCAUUGAAAGAAAAUGAAAAAUUGAUGCGGAUUAUCAGAUUUGAUCGUGAAAAUGCUGAUCAAGAUAAGUGGCCUACAUUAUUCAGUAUUGCGGUUACUGUCGACAUGUUAAUACGUACUUUAUUGAUGCGUUGUCAAGAGCAGAUGAAGAAGAUGUAUGCCACAAAGUACGAUCUCAACCAGUUACGAUUGCGAGAAGUAAUUGUUGGUGGUGGAGCUCCGGUACUAUUUCUGGGUGACCAGCUCGGCCGACGUGGUCACGAGUGGAGCAAAAAUUUGUAUUUACAAAUUCUCUCAGAUGAAGAAGUUACAAGGGCAAAAAUGCAUAUAUCAACAUCUUACCCGGUAAUGGUUAGACGUUGGAAAUCGUCAGUGCCAGAAGUGACAUCCUUGGUUGAACUGAUGGUUCCAGUAGAUAGACAAGAUCAGAUCGUAGCACUUAAAGAACAGAUUUCCUUUCACUAUCGUGUGCCAUUUGAUCAAAUCCAACUGUCAGAGGCAUUUCCAACUGCUGCAUGGAGUAAGUGGCCAUAUACAAAGGACAGGGUUGAUUUAUAUGAAAAUGUUAGUUUCAUCAGUGAUGAAGUUCCAUCCAGCGGAACAUUCAAUGGGAAGCUCAUCUACUUCAAAUUAGCUAAUGAACAAGUGCGACAGUUAACAGAAGAGGAGAAGCGCACGUUGAGAUACAAAGACAGCGCUGCAAAACCUGGAGAUGCUGCAAUCUUGCGAAGAAAGGAAAGACCGCUAAGAAUACAACUGUCGACCAGUAUCACCGAAGAUGAUGAUUGA